AUGCACACAGAUCACACGGCUGGUCUUACGUCUUCUUGGAACACCUAUAGAAUUUACUGCUCAGACGUGACCAGGGAACUGGCAAUAGCUAAACUAGGUCUGAGGAGUGAACUUGUUGUAGGACUUCCCCUUGACGAACCCGUGACUAUAAAUUUAGAUGAAGUCGGCCAAGAGAUGAUGACGGUAACAUUGAUAGAUGCAAAUCAUUGUCCUGGAUCUGUUAUGUUCGUUUUCGAAGGCUACUUUGGGAGAAUUCUGUACACUGGUGACUUCCGUUUUUGCGAGCGUUUCCUGACACAUUCUGCCACUAAGGGGAAAAGAUUUGACAUACUUUACUUGGAUAACACUUACUGCGAUCCUAAAUGCGCAUUCCCCUCGCGUUCAUCUGUAACUAUGACCGUUAUGGAAAUAAUUCGAAAUCAUCCACAACACAAAGUUAUUAUUGGACUUCACUCUCUUGGAAAAGAAGCCUUACUUCGUGCUAUUGCUGUAACUUGUAAGAUGUGGAUUGGAGUGGACGCAGCCAGAAUGGAAACACUGAAACUUCUUCAAAUGCCAGAUGUGUUUACUUGUGAUGUGGAUAGAACUAAAAUUCAGGUUGUGAAGACCCGGGAAAUUACUAAAAGGAACAUUCAAAUGUGGAACUCUGUGGAGCCAACUAUUGCAAUAUUACCAACUUGUCUUUAUGUUGGGGGACAAAACCCGUAUGAAAAUGUACCAAAUGUUUUUGUCGUUCCAUACUCAGAUCAUUGUUCCUUUGAAGAGUUGAGAAGGUUUGUUGAGAGCAUCAAACCAAAGAAAAUAAUUCCAAUAGUCCAUAAACACAGGUUGUCACCAGGUGACACUAUCAACAAUCGAGUGAACAUGAACAUUUUUCAUCAACUGAUGGAUUCUUCACCAUCAGAGCAAUAUGAGGUUCCCCACUCUGUUGAACGUUACAUGACUGUAGGAGUCGCACAAGAAACUGGCCGUAAGAGAAGGGCAAGAAUUAUGAAGAAAGCUCCCUUGCGAAAAGUUCCUAAGUACAAAGAGCCGUGUGGAGUUGUCUUUCCACCCAGUCUUGAG